UUCAGUAAAUCUCGCGAUAACCCGCGAGAGUCACGCUUGAGAGCCGCUUCGAGCGGAGAUGGAGCGCAAUGAAGUCUGAAAAGGACCAAAUGACGGCGAGCCAGGACAAAUCCUCGGUGGAAAUCAAGUUCAGGGACCUUCCACGAGAGCAGGACAGCACCAGCUGCAACUCCAAGCAGAAGGAGGAGAAGAAAGAAGUGUUUACGAAGGUGGUCAUUCGAAGACUCCCCCCAAACCUGUCAAAGGAGCAGCUGGAGGAGCAGCUAAGUCCACUUCCAUCCUACGACUACUUUGAGUUCUUCCCCGCUGAUCAAAGUCUCUACCCACACCUGUUCUGCAGAGCAUAUAUCAACUUCAAAAACCAGGAGGACAUCCUGCUGUUCAGGGAUCGAUUUGAUGGUUAUGUUUUCAUUGACAGCAAAGGCCAGGAGUUCCCUGCGGUGGUGGAGUUUGCGCCCUUCCAGAAAAUAUCCAAAAAGAAGCUGAAGAAGAAAGAUUCAAAGACUGGAAGUAUCGAUGAAGACCCAGAGUACAAGCGCUUCCUGGAGAACUACUCCUGCGAUGAGGAGAAGUCGAUGGCCAACCCGGAGACUCUCCUUGGAGAAAUCGAAGCCAAAACCAGAGAGCUGAUCGCCAAGCGCACAACACCCCUGUUGGAAUAUAUCAGGAACAAGAAAAUUGAGAAACAGAGAAUAAGAGAGGAGAAGAGAGAGGAGAGACGACGAAGGGAGUUUGAGAAGAAAAGACUCAGAGAGGAGGAGAAGAGGAAGCGGCGAGAGGAGGAGAAACGCAAACGGAAAGAAGCAGAAAAACAGAAGAAGUUGUCGGACAAAGACAUCAAAAUUAAGCUCCUGAAGAAGAGCGACAGAGACGAGGACGUGGACUCCGACCUCACCAAGGACAAAUUCGACAGUGAAGUUGAAAGAAAAUGGGAGAAAAACGUCGGACAAAUGAAACCGAAAGACUCUAAAGAAAAGGGUCAGCCUGAGAGUGACGAGCAGAACUGUCGCAGACAGAGAGAGAAGGAUCACCGCGGGAAGGACGAGGAAAGGAAGCGCCAGCGACAUCACUACGAGUUUGACAAGUUCAUGCGCCGUAAGGAUGAAACCAAGUGGGGGAAAGGCCACUGCCAGGACAGAGCCAAGAAAGAAGGCCAUCAUCAUGGAUACAGCUACGGCCCAGACUGCGGGGACAAGCUGGGGAAGGAGGACCGGGAGGACCUGGGGAACCGGAAGGAACGCCUCCGAAACAAGGUGAGCGAGAAGGAUCGCCCAGCAAUGCAGCUGUAUCAGCCCGGCGCGCGCAACCGCAAGCGCAUGAACUCGGCGUCCAAAGUCUACGAUUGCAUGCCCUCGCUGCACUCUCCGGAGGCAGGGCCGGAUCGAUGCUACGAGGUCAGCCCGGGGCUGGACAGAGGGUUUGACCAAAGCAAAGAUGAUCACGAACUGUCCGGGUGUUGAAACAUCUCGAUCAGACAGACGCCUUCUGCUUGAAAUCACAUCAGAACAAAAGUUCAUUUUGUGGCUCAUACCUUGUCAGCCGUGUGAUCAAACUACAUCACGCUACUUACUGUGUCUAUCUAACCAAUGACCUAUCAGAGUCAGUGGUUUGACUUCUAGUCAAUGUCUGUGUGACUACGAUAGUGCUGAGGCAGGAAAAACAGAAGAUACUGCCCCAGUUGUGGUAGGAACAUCAUAUAUGCUGCUGAGACUGAGGGACUUUCUCAUGAUGUGAAAAAGGUUUCCUGACUUAUAUAACAGAGUUGAGAGUUGAUCCAAAAUGAAUGUGAAUGGUGACCCUGAUGCUUGAGUCGUGUGUGAAGUUGUGUGAAAGCGCAUUUGACGAACGUUUGAAUCGAUAAAUGUAAAUAUAAAUAGAGUCUUUACGUCUUCAAAUCUCUCAAACACAAGUUCGUCUUAAGACAAAAAUAUUUGCCCUCUUGUUUUGAAAACUCCGGCAUCAUUUAUUUCAUUUUUUUAUCCACAUGAAUCUCCAGAACAGCUUCCUCUCUGCUCCACUGCAACUAGUCAGCAUACGACGGCAACAUGUCUAGUCAUGGGGUUGUAAACAGAAUACAAAUAAAUGUAUAUAAAAUGUGAACACUUGUUUAAAUGUUGUUAAAAGUGAAACUGUAGUGUAAAAAGAGACGUGCCCUUUGAUAAAUGGUCCCAUACCUUUGAUGUUUUGGGUCGCGAUGGCCCCGUAGCCACAGGUGUUUCUCCUCUUACUGCCAACUGAAGAAAAUGAUGUCAGACUAGUCGAUGACUGAAGCUAACGGCUGGUCACUGCAGCUUUAGGAAUACUCAUGAUCAUAAUACUCAAUAUACAUGAGGCGCCUUUUAAGAUUUAAAAACAUGAUGUGACUACAGGAUCGGCACAACCGGCAAUAUGGGCAGCUGAAGCCAAGACAAGAGUGAGUUGAUAAACAAAGGGAUAUUUAGAUGGAAUUGAGAAAAAGCUUUUUUUCUAGCUUGUGUUUGUUGACAUUCACACCACAUCACAGCACAGAUGUAAAGCCAUUACUUUUCAGUGGCUGCAGCUAAUAAUAAGUCAAUAAUUAUAUAUUGCCAUUUACACACAAAAAAAAAAUACCAAUGAAGGAAAAAAGCUCAAACUUUUCUUCAUGAAGUGGAGUUCAUAGUUUUGACCGUGAGCCUGCCAUUGUUCAGAAAAUAAAAUCUAUUGGAUGAAACAUGAAAAGCACCUGACUUUCUAGAUGUGAGACAAGUGACUGAAAUGUUUCUAGGAGGAGCUGUGAAAUUUCAUUUUAUCUCACCUUUUAUAUAUUUCCAAUUAUGUUGAUCCUUUGGAGGAAAAUAUUUAUUUUUUGUUAAAUCCCCAUCAGUAUGUUUAUUUGUUUUACAAGAACACCUUGUUCUGUUUUCAUUCUCUGCAUCCUUGUAACCCUUUAUCUCCAUUGUUCAGUUUCUGUAACUGAACUUGAAUGAAUCAUGUAUCAGAAUUAUACUUUUACUUUCAUGGUU